AUGAUCAGAAUCAGAGUCAGGUCUAAAUUAUCCCUUCUCCCUGUUGUGCUAUUACGCAUCAACCGUAACUCACUCGCUGUUCAUCAUUGUCAUAUAGUAGAACAGCCCCUUAUGAGGGAUACUUUCAAUUUCUUUAACCCUUUUAACUCUCAAACAUAUUUACAACCACCAAAUUUUGGUUUUGGUUUAUCAGUCAGGCCCUUUGCUACUUCGUCUUCAACCAGGAGCCUCGGGGAGUCAACUGAUGCCACUGCACAUGAGGCCUUGAGUGAUGACGAUAAUGGGGAUGAGGAUUAUGAUGAUGAUGGUCAUGACAAAAAUAAAGAUAAGAAUGGUACCGAUUGUGGUAAGUUACAUUUAAGGGAUGAUGAUCUUGCCCAGGAUGUUAAAACCAUUUUGGAUAUAAUGCAUGAAGUGGGUUCUGGACCAUCUGAAAUUAAGAAGAAGCUUGAGCAUUGCAGUGUUGUGCUAUCACAAGAGCUGGUUGUGGAGGUCCUUUCAAAAACUAGAAAUGAUUGGGAAGCGGCUUUCACAUUUUUCUUGUGGGCUAGCAAGCAGCCCGGGUAUUCUCAUUCGGUUCGGGAGUAUCAUUCUAUGAUCUCCAUCCUUGGCAAAAUGAGGAAGUUUGAUACUGCUUGGACCUUAAUUGAGGAAAUGAGAGGAGGUAGAACAGGUCCAUCUCUUGUCACUCCACAGACACUGUUGAUCAUGAUUAGGAGAUACUGUGCUAUACAUGAUGUUGCAAGGGCUAUAAAUACUUUCUAUGCUUAUAAACGGUUUAACUUUCAAGUUGGGCUAGAGGAGUUUCAAAGCCUUCUUUCUGCCCUUUGUCGGUAUAAGAAUGUGUCAGAUGCUGAGAACUUACUGUUUUGCAACAAAAAUGUAUUCCCAUUUGACACCAAAAGCUUUAACAUAAUUCUGAAUGGAUGGUGCAAUUUGAUUGUUAGCACUAGUCAUGCGGAAAGAAUAUGGAAGGAGAUGACCAAAAGAGGAAUCAAACAUGAUGUUGUCUCUUAUGGAAGUAUCAUAUCUUGCUAUUCAAAAUCUUCUACACUUUACAAGGUGUUCAGGAUGUUUGACGAGAUGAUGAGAAGGAAGAUCGUUCCCGAUAGGAAGGUUUAUAAUGCGGUCAUUUACGCACUAGCAAAGGGUAGGCUUGUGAAAGAAGCUGCCAAUCUCAUCGGGCAAAUGGAAGACAACAAUGUUACACCGGAUGUUGUUACUUACAACUCCCUGAUCAAGCCUCUUUGCAAAGCCCACAGAGUUGAUGAAGCUAAACAACUUUUUGAUGAGAUGUUGAAGCGGCGCCUAUCCCCAACGAUUCAAACUUUUCAUGCUUUCUUCCGUAUGUUAAGGACCAAGGAAGAAGUAUUUGAGCUCUUGGACAAAAUGAGAGAGCUGGGAUGCUACCCAACCACUGAGACUUAUAUAAUGUUGAUAAGAAAGUUUUGCCGCUGGCGUCAGUUUGAUGAUGUAUUUAAGAUAUGGGAUGCAAUGAGGGAAGAUGGAAUCGGUCAUGAUCGUAGUUCAUAUAUAGUACUGAUUCAUGGGCUGUUUCUAAAUGGAAAGCUAGAGGAAGCUUACAGAUAUUAUGCAGAGAUGCAAGAGAAAGGCUUCCUUCCUGAACCAAAGACGGAAGAAAUGCUUCAGGCAUGGGUUUCUGGGGCACAGACAAUAGAGGACCAAUUGACAGAUUUAGAGCCUAGUCAACUGGAAAAUGGCACUCUUAAAAAGAAAGUGAAGGACGUACCCAGUAAAUUUGAUAAGGAAAAAACUUUUCUUCGCCAACCUGAGACCAGAAGGGUAACAAGAGAACGGGGUUUUUCUUUCUGGGAGUAA